AUGCCCCGCGGCCCGGCCGCCGCCGCCGCCCCGCUGCUGCUGCUGCUGGCGCUGCUGCUGGCCGCGGCCCCGCCGCACGGCGGCUCCGAGAGCCCCCGGGGCAAGCAGAAGGCGCUCCGCCAGCGGGAGGUGGUGGACGUGUAUAAUGGCAUGUGCUUGCAAGGCCCCAGCGGCGUUCCCGGCCGGGAUGGAAACCCGGGAGCCAACGGGAUCCCUGGGACACCCGGGAUCCCGGGAAGGGACGGGCUGAAGGGGGAGAAGGGCGAGUGCAUGCGGGAGAGCAUCGAGGAGUCCUGGACGCCCAACUUCAAGCAGUGCUCAUGGAGUGCGCUGAACUACGGCAUCGACCUGGGCAAGAUCGCGGAAUGCACGUUCACCAAGAUGCGCUCCAACAGCGCCCUGCGCGUGCUCUUCAGCGGCUCGCUGCGGCUCAAGUGCAGGAGCGCCUGCUGCCAGCGCUGGUACUUCACCUUCAACGGGGCAGAGUGUGCUGGCCCACUGCCCAUCGAGGCCAUAAUAUACUUGGAUCAAGGAAGCCCAGAGCUGAACUCUACCAUUAACAUACACAGAACUUCCUCAGUGGAAGGUCUGUGUGAAGGGAUCAACGCUGGCUUGGUGGAUAUUGCCAUCUGGGUGGGGACGUGCUCAGAUUAUCCACGGGGAGAUGCUUCUACUGGAUGGAAUUCAGUCUCCCGAAUCAUCAUUGAAGAACUGCCAAAAUAACUUCCCUCU